UUUAAAAUUAAAUUUGUUUUCCUUGAAGUGCGAAAAAAUGGCAUCAAGGUCCAUGAAUUGUGAUACCAUACGCUCCGAGGCUCUGCAUGACCAUCUGGGCACCGAUAUUUGCCUUAUCAAUUCGGUGAAAUGGGAGGUGUCGGCCAUGUUUGCCGCACUUUUGUUUUGUAUUAUUGGCUAUAUGUUGGUGAAAUGGAAAAGUCGGUGCCAUAAAACUUUGUUAACAUUUCAUAAUUUACGGGCAGCCGUGGCCCUAUUACUGCUGGCCAUUAAUAGCAUUGAAUUAGCCAAGGCUCUGUUGCCUUUGCCCCCUGGCAUUGGAGGGGAUGGUGGUGACGGCAGUGGUGGUCAUAAUGUUGAUGGCAGCAGUGCUGAUAAUGUGAGCGGAAGUCAAAGUAAUUUGCCACAGCUUCAACCAACAACAUCCGUCGAAGGCGAAACGCAACCAAUUAUUAUUGUCAUCGGUUCAUCGAUGUUGGCCAAUGCCAUAGCCGGCAUUAUUUUGACCAUAAUGUUAAUGUGGUAUCAUCGGGUUGUGGAAAUCAAAAAAUCUCUAGAAUAUCUAUACGUCAGCUGUACGGUGGCUGUAUUAAUUUUCAUGCUGCGCAUCUAUGAAUUGGCGGAAAUUGUUUAUUAUGAUUCAAUUAUGGAACUGGAAUCGGUAAUACAGGCCUCAGCAGCGGCGUGUUUAUUAUUUUUGGCCAUCAUUGAUGGCUUUACAGUUUACAAAGAGCGCUAUCGUCCCGAUUAUCUCGAGGAUUAUGAUAAAAUUGGUUACAAACACACCUUGGCAACCUUCUAUUCGAAGGCAUGUUUUUGGUGGCUGACUCCCCUGCUGUGGUUCGGUUACAAAGAGCCAUUGGAACUUGAAGAUUUGGGUCAAAUGCGUGUGGAGGAUAGUGCCCGGGCCCACUAUGAUCGGUUUCUUUUGAUUUACAAAACGGAAAAAGUGAAACAUUCGGACAAGCCUCCAUCCCUGUGGCUGUGCUAUUUGAAAAACAGUUGGCGGAUGUUCACUUUGGGUGGUCUUUUAAAGUUGUUCGGCGAUUUAUUUGCGGUGAUUGGCCCGUUGGCUAUACAGCAAAUUGUGCAAUAUAUCGAAAUCAUGUAUGGCAUACAUUACGAUAGUCAGAGCGAUAGCAACAACAACAACAACAAUGAGAGUAAGCAGAAUUUCAUUUCUGAUAACCAUCAAGCGGGCAGCAUCGGCAACAACAACACCAACAACAAUAUAAGAAGAAACAUUAGAAGUAACCAGGCCAUUAAUGCCAGAGAAAUAGCCCAAAAGGCAGUCAAUGUCGUAACUGAUGCUGCCGCCGCAGCUGCCUCUGCUGCUGCCAUUGCAACAGGAUCCAAUGCAAAUACAACAAGAGAUCCAGCCUGGAUGCUACCCAGUUACGACACCAUUGAUAACAAUGAUUUUGGAAAUAUUAAUACCGAUGUGUAUAAUCAUCAAAUUGCCAAUGGUAACGCAACCACCACACAGCCUUAUGCCCCACUUCCAGCUGGCUUUUCAUCUUAUGCCUCGUCCUACUCCCCACUGGGUCUUGACGGCAUCGCCAGUGUGAGUGAAGUGGAAAUUUACUAUGCCACAUGGUUGGAUUUGGUAACGAAUGGCUGGUGCAUUGCCUGGCUGGUCCUGUUGGCUGCCCUGGCCCAGGGUGCCUUGUCACAGGCAUCGACGCACAUCCUUAAUAUGACAGGGAUUCGCAUCAAGACAUCACUGCAGGGUCUCAUCUAUCGUAAAACACUAUUGUUAAAUUCGGCAUUCAUUGACACAAACAGCAGUAAUGCCUCCAACACCAACAGCAUCGCCACUGCCUCCAAGAGCUUGGAAGACACAAAGGAAACUGAAAUGUCGAAUGACUUGCAACAAUCGAAUGAUAAUCAUUGCAGAACGGAAAAUGGUGUGAAGAAUAGUAAUUGCAAUACGACGAUGACAACGACAUCUAGGUCAGAUAAUGAUAGUCUCAUUGAUGAUACCAAUGGAGGUGGUGGUGGUCGUAAUGAUGAUAAUAAUGCUGGAGAGCAGAUCAAUUUACCGACAACAACACUACCAACAUCGAUGAAGAAUAACAACAAUGUCCCAAAAUCGAAUGACAACAACUCCCUAAACGACAUUGGAGCCAUAACAAAUUUGAUGUCUGAGGAUACCCUGAAUAUAAUGUCCUUCUUUUGGAUUGCUCACUACGUUUGGGCCAUACCGUUGAAAAUUGGCGUCGUCAUGUAUUUGCUGUAUUUGAAAUUGGGCAUUAGUGCCGUAAUUGGUUCAUUUGUUUGCAUUCUGACAAUGACUCCGCUGCAGUUUCUAAUUGGCAAGGCAAUGUCUCAGAAUGCUGAAAUAAUGGCGAAAUUCACCGAUAUACGCUUGAAGAAGCUCCACGACUGUUUUAUGGGCAUCAAGCUGAUAAAACUUAAUGCCUGGGAUAAUGUUUUCAUUAGGAAAAUCACCGAAGCUCGCGACAAUGAAUUGAAAUAUCUUAACAAGGAUUCAUUUUAUUGGACUCUAAUGACAAUUUUGACUCACAUCUCCUCGGUGCUCAUUACCUUUGUCACCUUGGCCGUUUAUGUUUAUUACGAGAGUAAUUCGGAAAUCACGGCCAGUCGUUUAUUUUCCGCUUUGGCAUUGUUUCAACAGCUAACUGUUCCCCUGCUCAUAUUUCCCAUAACUGUGCCCAUUAUUCUGUCGGCCAUUGUUUCGACGAGGCGUUUGGAGAAAUUCCUAGCUGCCCAUGAAAUACAAAAACAAUUCGAGGGGAUACGCAAUAUGGCCAGGAUUCUAAGUAAAAGUGAUGCCUCACUGGAUAUGUAUGAGGUCAAGUCGAAGUCGCUGCCAACGAACAUAACCUUGAGAACGGUUAGUGAACAGGUGAACAAGGUGGGCAAGACGACGGAGAAGCCGAACAUUAAAAUAUUCAUACCCGACAAACCAGCACCGUUGGCCAAUUCGGAGCCACAAACGCCACUGGCGGUGCCGGAGCAUAAGGAGAUGUUGGAGUUUCCAGUCGAUCAUAAAAAAUUGUCAUCUCAUGCACGUAAGGAGCUGUUGCGCAAUACUCCUUAUGUGGUCAUACGGCCACGCAAAAAUCUAACCACACAUGGUAGACAGCAGCAGCAGCAACACCAACACCAGUCCAAGCAGCAACCUCAACAAAACCAUGCAGGUGGACAACAACAGCAACAACAAGUGCAAGCGGGACAUCGUACAUCACAUCAUCGCAAGGGAAAGACCGAUUCAUGGCAUCGUGAUUCAUUGCUUUUAAAAAUGCCCGAUGAUAUUGCGGUAUCGGUAAAGAAUUGUAAAUUCUCAUGGAAUCCCCAGGGCACCAAUGCCAUGCUUUAUAUUCGAGAUUUUGUUGUGCCCCGUGGAAGGUUAACCAUGAUUGUGGGCAAAAAUGGCAGUGGAAAAUCGUCGCUGUUGUCGGCGCUGCUAAUGGAAAUGCCAUUAAUAUCGGGCGACAUGAUAUGGAAUAAAUCUUCAACAAUUGCCUUUGUCCCACAGCAGCCAUGGCUUCUCAAUGCCAGUAUACGGGAAAAUAUUCUAUUUGGCGAAUCAUUUCGACCGAAACGUUAUGACUUUGUUUUGGAUGCCUGCGCUCUGAAGCCGGACAUAGAUUUGAUGCCAGCGGGUGACUUAACAGUAAUCGGCGAAAGAGGCAUUAAUUUGUCGGGUGGCCAAAGGCAACGUGUGGCCAUUGCCAGAGCCUUGUAUUCAUCGGCCAAUGUGGUGAUAAUGGAUGAUCCCUUAUCAUCGCUGGACAAUGAAGUGGCGCGUCACAUUUUCGAACAGAGCAUUAAAAAGAUGCUGUUGAAAGCCAAUCGCACUGUCAUUCUGGUGACACAACAAUUAAAUCUGGUACAGCAGGCACACAAUUUAAUUGUAUUGAAAGAUGGCUGUCUGCAGGCAUCCGGCAGCUACAAGGAGAUCGCAGCCACUCAUCCACACAUAAUCGCCAAAUGGAAUUCAAUAAUUGCCAAAGCCAAUGAAAGGGAGCAACAAAACAACACCAGCGAAAACACCGCUUUAGGCCGUACAGCCCGUGAACGUUGGAAAUUAUUUAAAAAUGUUACAAAAUUGGGUUUAUUGCGUUCCACCUCCUGUACCUCGCAACAAUCGACGACGACAACGACCGGAGUCUCACCGGAGAACAAUGGAGCAGGCAGUGAUGCCAUUGAUAUGGCAAGGGAAAUGAAGGCAACUUCAGCGGAAAAUAUAUUGGCCGCCGACGAUGGCGAGGAUGACGACGAGUACAAUAUAAUGCCAGCGACCUCCUCGAUGGCUUGCAAUUCCGGCUUCAAACUGUCUCGCACACCAUCUGGCUUCUAUAGCUCCCGCCAUCUAAUCUACGAUGUCCCACUUCCCCUUGAUGAAUGCCAACUCGAAGGUGUACCAUUGCGGCGUAGACGUCGUACCGGAAAUGACACAUUUCGUAGCGGUCAUCGGCCCAGUUCGCGCACCUCUAGUCGCCUUAGCAACAUUAGUAAUACACCAACAGAGUUACGCAGAAGUCUCCUCACCGAUAGCGUUGGUAGUGCUGUCAGUUAUAUGACAAAUUUAAGUAGCAGUGAAGAGGCUCCGUCGCGCACUCAAUCUUGGCAACCCAGUGCACCGAUGCAUAAACACCAACCGCUGACAAAGAAUAUUUCAGCACCACCGACCUUCGAGGACAGCACGGAGGCUCGUGAUGUAACGGAUUCACAUGAACAGAGUUUGGAAACGGGUAAUGGAUUCCAGCAAUUCCUACGACGUAUGACCAUGCGUAGAUCGAACAAAUCGAAAGCUAUUGCCCAGGUGGCACAUCACAAACCCAGACCUGGUAGUGGAGAUACAGCCAUUGUGAGCAUCUCCGAGGAAUCGUCUGGCAUGGCUGGUUCAUCAGUGCCAUCCAUUGAAUUGAGUUCGGUGUUAACGGAUGCAACUGAAACGGAGACGGAAAGUUGGAUUGCCGGUAUUGAAAAUGAGGAAUCCAUUCAAGAUGCCAAUAUUGACUAUAAAACUUUGUUGGCAAACAAUGGAAAUCUCGUGGAAAAUCAUGUCGACAAUACCGGAGUUACAACGACAAGUGGUGGCCACAACAACACAACGGCCACCGAUGUUACCACUCAGGGUGAUGUAGUAACAAAAGCCACAACUGAAAUGCCCAAUUCAACUACCGAAUUAUCCUCAGCCGGGCAGUUGUUACAACAACAGCGAAACAACAAUAACAACAACAACAAGGAGAAACCAACAACGACGACAACAAAUUACGAUGUUGAACGAAAAUAUGGUAAAAUACCGGCGGAAAUCUAUUUGCUGUAUGUGCGUGCAUCUGGUUACGCAAUUGUUUUAAUAUUUUUCAUCACGGCCCUAAUUUGGCAAACAUUGCGCGUGUACACGGAUGUUUGGCUACAACAAUGGACCGAUGACAAUAAGCCCACUGCUGGCGCUGCUGCAGCUGCAGCGGCUGGAGCUAUCGCUGGUAGUGGUGCAAUGCUGCUGCAACAUAAAGCGAUAACAUCCGUAAAUAUAUCCGCAAUGCAACAAAUGGGUGUCCACAAUUAUGCAACAACCGGCCAGGCCACCAGCCCCACCGCCGGUGAUAUGGAAAAUCUGCUUUUUGGCCCUUCGUCCUCGUUCUCGUCCAGCGGCAGGAUGCAUCACGAAGUCACGUAUUAUUUCCACAUUUAUGCCAUAAUAUCCUGCGUAUGCAUAGUCAUGGCCAUGAUAUCGACACCGGCCGGCCAAUGGGCCGGUUGUAAAGCCCGUCGCAAUUUACAUGAUAAACUUCUGCAGUCAAUUAUGCACAAAUCGCUGCAUUUCUUCCAGGUCACGCCGCUGGGUCGCAUCAUGAAUCGCUUCAGUAACGAUAUGGCCAUCAUUGAUAAGAAAAUCGCGGCCACAAGUCAACGAUUGCUACAGUUCACCUUGUUGUGCGUGUGUGCCAUUCUAAUCAAUAUCAUCAUCACUCCCUGGUUUCUGGUGGUCACGGUGCCAGUAUGUCUGGCCUACUAUGUCAUACAGAAGUUCUACCGUUGUUCGUCGAGGGAAUUGCAGCGCAUUGAGAAUGCCACCAACACACCGGUAAUAUCCCAUCUAUCCGAAACGAUACAAGGUGUUACCACGAUACGUGCCUACAAUCAGGAAUCACGUUUCACGGAAAUAUUAUUUCGACGAUUGGAAGAAAAUACGAUUGCAUUCACAAUUCUCAAUACGAGCAAUCGCUGGUUGGGCAUAUCGCUGGAUUACCUGGGUGGUGUCAUUGUAUUUGUGGCCAUAGUGACAGCUUUAUUGGCGGCAACAAUAGCAUGCAACAGCUCGCACAAUCCGCAUCCACAUGCCACGAAGGCUGGAUACCCAUCGUCAUCAUCGUCAGCAACGACAGCAUCGACAGCUUCCUUUAAUGCAUCGUCAUCUUCAUCCCCAGUCUGGUUAACGACAAUGACUUCGGCAUUAUCUCCCUCCCCCUCAUUGGUGGGCCUGGCCAUAAACUACACGCUAUUGAUGCCAAUUUAUUUGAAUUGGGUUGUAAAACUUUUGGCCGAUAUGGAAAUGUAUGUUGGAUCUGUGGAGCGAAUAGCAUACUAUGCGGAGAACGACAAUGACAAGAGUGGUAGAAUGGAGGGGAAAAGAACGACAGCAAAUGAUGACAACAGCAAUGAGUGCUUAUCAACAACAAAAGUUCCAACUGAAUCAAAGGAGGCCAGCAACAUUGGCCAGAGCCAAGCCAAGCGGGGCUGUGUUGCUGGCACGUCUGGCGAGCAGAAAGUUUGUAGCAAUGAUAAAUUGUUGUUGUUAAGUCCAAGUGAAAAGAGCGAUACAUCGUCGAAUAUGGCUGCAGUGACAACAUCCUUGUUUACCACUGACAACAAUGUCAAUGAAACUGUUGUUACAAUCUCGAGAAAGAUGGCCAGUAAUGCUGAUGAUGAUAACGACGACGAUGCUACGAAGGGAGGGGAAAGGCAACAACUUGAAGACAUGAAGAUGAAUGCUGCUAUUCCCUCUAAUGCUACUGCUCGUUCUGAUGAUGAUCAUCAUCAUCAUCAGCAUCAUCGUCUUCGUCAUAUUACUAAUGAUGGACAUAUUGCAGUAACCACAAAAACUUUAUCACAACAAACGCAACAACGACAACAACAACAACAGGGAACAACAUCAACAACUGUCAUUCAAGACGAGCAAGAUGAUGAAGAUGAAGAUAACAUUGCUGGUACUGAUGCGGAUGCUGCUUCGAACCCAACAUCUUUACUUUUGCCCAACAAAACAACCACAUCUGACCACAUCAAUAUUCCAAAUAACAGUGACAGCAACAGCUCGAACAAGAGCGCCAACAACAUCAACAACAGCAACCAGACUACUUUGGCUUUGUCAUCCAGUGGCUCCACAGCAUUGAGAGCGCCUUCAAAGUUUCCCUCAAGAUGUAAUGAUGCGGAGCGUCGAGCCAGUGUUCGUCGUUUAGCUAAACACAAAAAACAAUACAAACCCGUAGCAAUUUCGUGGCCACAACGCGGCGAUAUAUCUUUCGAAAAUGUCAGUUUGCGCUAUGAAGGACAGCAAGAGGAUGUUAUUAGAAAUUUAAAUUUGAAAAUACCGGCUGGCCAAAGGAUUGGCAUUUGUGGUCGCACUGGCAGCGGUAAAUCAUCAUUGGCCCUUUCCCUAUUCGGUGUUCUGCAGGUGAGCCGGGGCUGUAUACGCAUCGAUGACAACGAUAUCGCACACAUACACCCGGAUGAGAUACGUACACGAUUAUCGAUAAUCCCGCAGGAUGUUCAUUUGUUCAAUAUGACAAUACGGGAGAAUCUUGACCCGUCUGGUUACUACUCGGAUUUGGAGCUGUGGAAUUGCCUUGAAUUGGCACAGCUGAAGGACUUUGUCAAUAGUAAAAUGCCACAGGGAUUAGAUACUGAAAUCAUGGAUGGUGGAAUAAAUUUAAGUGUUGGCCAUCGACAACUUUUCUGCCUGGCUCGAGCUAUUUUAAGGGGUUCCGUGUGCUUGGUGUUGGAUGAAGCUACAAGUUCGCUGGAUUCCAGCACCGAAAAGGCGCUACUGGCAGCGGCACACAAGGCUUUCCAGGGAAGGACGAUAAUAACAAUAGCGCAUCGUUUGUCAACCAUUCUGGAUUAUGAUCGUGUUAUUGUCUUGGAAAAGGGCGAAAUUAUUGAAGAUGGUCCACCCGGCGAAUUGAAAAAUAAGGCAGAUGGUAUUUUUGCAGCUCUCUUGAAAUCGGGCCGACCACUGUCUGUUCUGAGUACGGAUACAGGAAUACAAAGUUUUUAAGAAUUGAAAAUAGUUUAAUAUCUAUAAUUUUGUAUUAUUUAUGUUUACGAAAUUUGUUUUUCCUAGCUUUUAGCUUUAUUUGUUGACAAACUGAAUUUUGUGUGUCUUGACCAAAAUAAAGAAGAUUACACCAGACAUGCCAACAAAACUGCUAAAAGUUAGUAAAAAAUCAAUUAAUUUUAAAUUACUAUUUAAUGUUUGUAUGUAUGCGUGUAAAAAUUGUACUUAACUGUAAAUGUGUGUAGUUAAAAUAUCUCAAUUAAAUAUGUAUAUAAAUAAGAUAUAUUACAUAUUGAUGUAUAUGUA